AAUAUGUUUGAGGUUUUGAAAUUUCUUACUCUAGUUUUGUUCUUUUGAUUGACUCAAAGCUAGAUGAUGAUGUGGGAAAUGUUGAAAUGGAACUUUUCUUACUUUCGAAGUUUGUGAAAUCUUCGGUUUCUUCAUGUAGCGAAAUACAUCUAGAUGCAGAACAGAGCAAUCAUAUCGUGGCACUAAAGGUGCUUUUCAAGAGCCAGCUGAAACAGUCUCAGGUUGAACAUCAGCUUCGUCGUGAAGUUGAAAUCCAAAGUCAUCUCAGACACCCUAAUAUUUUACGCCUUUAUGGAUACUUCUAUGAUCAGAAACGAGUUUAUUUGAUAUUGGAAUAUGCCGCCAAGGGUGAGCUGUACAAGGAGCUACAGAAGUGUAAAUACUUUAGUGAAAGACGCUCUGCAACUGUGAGUUUCGACACUAUGGUUUUCUUUGUUUGUUUAUCUUCCAUUUGGCUUGUCAUUCUUAUUACAUAUUAUGUUUCGGAACCUUCCAACUGUGAGUAAAUUUAUAAUUUUUUC